AAUAAUGAGCCUUUCUUUCUUCUAAUAUUUCAAUAUUUGGAUUAUGUUCAUAAAUUAAAUGUGUAUCAAGGGGGCCUGUGGAAUUUAUUUUAAGAAACAUUUUUGAGAAAACCACUGCCACAGACAGCGAGUUCGGAUGCAGCUAUGACUAUUACCCAGAGUUCCUGCUCCAGCGCUCACUUCCUGGAGACGAGCGUCGCCGUGCGCGCGCACCGGUUACCAAGCAUGGCGGCGCUGUUGUGGAUGUUUAUAUUAACGUGUUUUGGAAAUACUAUUUGCGUUAAUAAUGCAAGCUCGAACCAAGUCAACGUUACGCAUGUCGUUUCAAAAGACACGUUUGUCUUUGAUCAAGCUUUUAAUUUGACCGGAAGACAAGAAAAUGCUACUUCACUGCCUCGGUUAUCGGCAUCAACAGAGCAAAACGCUGAAGUUCCGGUGACGGAUGGAGGAACCCGGACAGCAGCGUCCACCUUUACUGCGACUCCAUUAAAAACAACGGAGACAUCCAGGUUUACAGCAACAGAUUUACAAACUACGGAAACACCCUUAGUUACAGCAGAAGACUCGAAAGCAAAAAUAUUAGCUACAACAAACCCUCAAAUAAAGAGUAGGGGCACUUCCUCUCUGCCUUUACCCCUCUCAGGGACACUACCCCAGCCUGUCACUGAAGUGUCUGCUGUUUGUCCGUGUAAUGUACAGCGAGAGCGAUGUGAUGUAAACUGCUGCUGUGACCCAGACUGCACUCAGGAGCUGGCCCUCUUCACACAGUGCUCAGUGCAGAAAGUUGUAGGGGACGCUAAGCUGUGCAGCCAGGAUGCAGCCGUGUACACACUCGCUGGAACUCCAGGUGGUUUGUCCCGAGUGAUGACGUCGGUCCAGAGAGAGAUCAACCCUGAUGUCUUCUGCAUACAGUCUGCUAACUAUGAUCAGGGCAUGUCCUUCAUCGACCCGACGAUUCCCACCGAGAACAAUUUCGACAGUCUCUUUGAUCGCUUUGUGGGAUCCUUCUUCAGCGCCUCUAGUGGAGAUGGGCGUGCACUACAGACUCCUGCACAGGGAGACUCUCCAGGAUACGUGUAUGGAGAUCUCAUCCAGACGAUGGACGAUGCCCAACAGCGAGGUUUCUUCAGGCUUCCAGCAUCUGCUGGUGCAGCGAACUGCUUAGACAUGAACCCUGCAGCCUUCCUGAAGGAUCAGACGAUCAGAUGUGUGAGGAACUUUGCUUUGGAACAAGACUGCGCCAAGUUAGACGCGCUGAACCUUAAGGCGUACACCAGUUUCCGUGUUUUUUCAGGGAAGGACAGCGGUGCUGAUCUGGUGUCUGUAGCAGUGGAGACCAUUACACUGCAUUCUCUAGAGGGUACACAGACACUGGUGCAGACGGAUGCUUCUGCUUCUGACUACACACCUGUGUUACAUGGUCAGAUCUGUAACCAGGUGGUGCUGCAGGUUAAAUACACAGUGAGGUUUGGCGACGCCGGACAGAUUGUGAGAGUGACGGCGUCUUUGGUUCUGGGUGCUGUCGACGAAAACACACUGCCGAUCCAGCAAGAGUUCCAGAUAACGUUUGUUCAGGAGUCCAGAAGCGAUGCCACACUUCGCUCCAGUGGAAAUCCUGGUUAUGUGGUUGGGCUGCCCCUUGUGGCCGGAUGGAGAACUGCAGAGGGAAUUAUCCAAAGCUCAGAUCCAGACGGGUCUCUCACUGUAUUAAAGAGUUCUCCGGAGCAGGACUGUCUGUCCGGCCCGACCCAGCGCUCACCUGUACUGUUCGGGACAGAUGUGGUGUCAGGAUGCACCUUUAGGCUUGCGGACAGUGCGAACUGUUCGUUACUCUCUGAAGUCAUCUUGGGGAGACUGAAAGGCCAGACUUUUCCGGACUACGUGGCAUCUUUUGGAAAUUCUCUUCCUCAAAACCCCAUGGACUGGGUUCCUAUCGAGAAUCAAACCACUCCAACGGGCACGCAGGGAUGCAGCAUUCCAGUAUCCUAUCAUCUUGAAGUAAGAUGGACCAAGUAUGGUACCUUGGUGAACCCCCAAGCUCAGAUAGUGAAUGUGAUGGAAACAAUCCAGACCAACACCAGCACCUUGCCAUCUCCCUCGACUGUCGGUGGUGUCAUCUCCGUCAUCAGCUCCGUGAGCUUCAUUGACGUGUCGCUGUCAGCCAGCCCAGGAUUCAGAGCUCCUCCCACCAUCAAUGCCAAACUGCCCUCCGACUUCUUCUUCCCGUUCGUAUGAACAGGGAAAUGAUUAAGCGUUCCACAUGGAGGGUCAUGGGGAACCUGGAGCCUAUCCCAGGGAGCAUCGGGCACAAGGCGGGGUACACCCUGGACAGGGUGCCAAUCCGUCGCAGGGCACACACUCUCACACACCCAUUCAUACACUACAGACACUUUAGACACUUUAGACAAUCAGCCUACCAUGCAUGUCUUUGGACUAGGGGAGGAAACCCCCGCAGCACGGGGAGAACAUGCAAACUCCGCACACACAGAGCCGCGGCAGGACUUGAACCCCGGACCCUGGAGGUGUGAGGCGAACGUGCUAACCACUAAGCCACCGUGCGCCUCAUAAUUUGGUAUGUUUCAUUCCAAAAUGAAUGUUGUUAAGAUGACAAAAUACAAGUGCUAUUUUGUGACUGUAGCAUGAGAAUUGCACUAAGUAAACAUGGACUACAAUCACAGAUUUCUGAUUAUGGCUUUGCAAUUUGUAAAAUUACAAUCUAACCGUUACAUUUGCAUACAAUUAAAUAUGUAAAUGUAAAUUAUUAUAUAGGGCCUCUAUCAAACCAUUUAUAUACCACCUAGAAGAUUGAGGCCCUGUAGGCCUUUUUUAAAUUUUUUAUUUAUUUUUUUUAUAAUCAUUAUUCUGUGGUGUCCUCAUCCCCCCACCCCACACACACGCAAUAAUGGUGCUACUGUAAAUACUAAAUUAUUCCGUAUGAACUGUAUAUAUUGCACUCAUUAACAUUUUGUAAUAAUUUAUUGUGUAUGCAUACUGUUUUCAAUUAAAAAAUGUUUUUAAAUACUUGAUUCCUUUACAAAAUAUUAGGUAACGGAUAUUAUCCUGCAGCAGGCUAAACAGAGGCUUAACAAUUUAAUUCUUAGAAACACACUAGUUUGGGGACACGCGACUGAAAUGUUUCAAAACCUUUUGAUCUGAAGGUGUGUGAUUAAAUGUUUGAAAUCGGUGUCGUAGACAAAAAUAUAAUCGUGCCGACAUAUUAAUUUCUUUCAUUAGAACACUAACAUUUUAUUAAAAAUUUUUUUUUUUUUUUUUUUUUAAAACGGACGACUCGGAGCGAAAUAUUCCGAAAUCUCAGGGAGAUUCCUCAAGAAAUCGGGUGAGAAAAUGCCAAGAAUACAUUUCUGGAAAUUCUAAGGUGUCUACUUUGAAGACGCUAAAAUACUAAAUUAUUUUGAUUUAUUUUGGAUAUUUUAUCACAGCAUAAUUCCCAUAGUUCCAUUUGCGUUACUCCAGAGUUUUGAUGACUUUAUUAUUAUUCUUCUAAAAUGUGUCUAAACUUUUGUACAUACAACUGAAUAUGUAAAUUAUUAUAUAGGGUCUCUAUCAAACCAUUUAUAUAUUUAUAUACCAUAUAUAAAAUCGAUGCCCUAUAGGCCUCAAAAAUCAUUAUUCUACAGUCUCCUCAUUUCCCCCUACAAUAAUGGUGUUACUGUAAAUAGUAGAUUAUUCAGUAUGAACUGUAUAUAUUACACUCAGAUUCACAUUUUGUAAUAGUUUAUUCUGUAUGCAUACUGUUUUCAAUUAAAAUAAAAAUAAAAAAUACUUGAUUCAUUUACAAAAUAUUAGGUAAAGUAUCAUGCAGCAGGCUAAACACAGGCUUAACAAUUUAAUUCUGAGAAAUAUAUUAUAAACUUUAUGUUGAUUCCCUUUUUAAAUAUCCUCAAUGUUACAUGUUCUGACAUAAUGUGAUAUUCAUGACUCGCUUCAAAUAUCAUCAGGACUACCCAUGUGACAUCUGGGAGAAGGCUGCAUAGAUAGGCAUGAUUUUGUACUCAUGAUUCCUGUAAUAAAGUCAGAAUACAUAGUACAGCUGUCUUCUAAUAGUCAAUAUCGUGGACAAAUUAGAAGGAAAGUCCAUUGAGAAGACCAUCCCAUGAAUCUGUUCACUGGAUACGACUGACUGUGAAGGUUUGGGGGAUUGGGGGGGGAUGUUGGCCAGAACAGUCACAGA